AUAUUUCUAAGGGAUAAUAAUUGACAUAUCUUCUUCAAGUUCUAAAUUAAAACUCAGGACAUGCCUAAGUCAUCAAGUUCUAGAGAAGGAGUUUAUCCACAAGCAUCAAGAUCUUCCCUCUCCGAGCAGAUUCGCAUUGGGGAAAUUUUCUGUGUUUUAUUUGUCCAAUGAAAACACUUCACCACAGUUACAGCAAAACUUAAAUGUUAAAUUUUAUCUUAUUCAGAAAUUAUUUUUACUUGAAGGCUGUAUAUUCUACUCUGCAGUAAAGCUACAAUCAUAAUUAAACAAUGGAGUUGAUGCGUGAUACGAAAACUCAGCAUGCCUGGGGAAUGACUGAGUUCCACAAUCAUCAUACUGACUUGGCAAAACGUAAUGUUUCUAAGCAAAGACUGAAGCAAAGAGCUGCACCAAUCACACGCAGACAGAGAGAAACCUCACUUCCAGUUUUGUUGGCCUGGUUUGUUGCUGUAGCCAUGGGUCUCCGCUUCAUUAUUAUGGUAACAAUAUGGAGUACUAUAGUCAAGAAUUCAUUAUUGAACCAAGAAGUUCCAACUUCUUUCAAUGGAGAUUACUCUGGCCCGUGUCCGCAGGACUGGAUUUUUUAUAGAAAUAACUGCUACUGGUUUUCAAAUGAGAGCAAAUCCUGGAACCAAAGCCAAGCUUCCUGUAUGUCUAAAAAUUCCAGCCUCCUGAAGAUAUAUAGUAGAGUGGACCAGGAUUUCUUUAAAUUGGUGAAGUCCUAUCAUUGGAUAGGACUGGUACAAACCCCAACAGACAGAACUUGGCGUUGGGAAGAUGGCUCCAUGGUCUCCCCUGACAUACUAAAAAUCGUGACAAUGUGUAACAGCAGCUGUGUUGUCUACGGCUCAAGCUUUAAGGGAUACACAGAAGACUGCUCAACUCCAAACACAUACAUCUGCAUGCGGAAGACUGCGUAAGCACCCAACCAUCCCAUCAAACAGUGGACACAGCAGAAACUACAGCAGUAGAAAAGCUGGAAUCAGAACAGAGAAAACGGAUGAAAAUAAGACUAUUGGAUUUGGACCCUCCAGAACUAAAUGAUAGAGUUCUUCAUGGGCUGUGAACAUGCCCUGUAGCCAAUCACUCCUGAGCCCCUGCCUGCUACUUGGCAGGUGUGACUCAUUGCUUAGCUGCCAUGUCCUACACGUGGAGCAUGACCACGGACAUGACCGGAAGGUCAAGGGAAAUAGACAUUCCUUACAGCCAAUCACAGUGUCUGGUGGGUGAGGAGACUGCCAGAAGUCGCCCUCCUGUUCUCCUCCACCUUAACCUUUAAAACUUGUAACUUGGGCCUGGCGUGGUGGCCUAGUGGCCGGGGUCUCAUAUGGGUGCC